CGCCAAACUAAAACCCAACUGAGCAGCAAAAUCGGAAAACCUCGGCGGCCAUUGAAUUGGAACGAGAGAAGGGAGAUAGAGAGAGAGAGAGAAUGGUGUAUAUAACGUCGUGGGAUGAUUUUGUGGAGAGAUCCGUGCAGUUAUUUCGCGCCGAUCCCGAGAAAACUCGGUAUGUGAUGAAAUACAGACAUUCUGAGGGUAAAUUGGUUCUUAAGGUCACCGAUGAUACAGAGUGUAUCAAGUUUAGGACUGACCAAGCACAGGAUGCUAAGAAGAUGGAGAAACUUAACAACAUUUUUUUCACCUUGAUGGCUCGUGGUCCAGAUGCUGAUAUAUCAGAAGUGGGUGGCAAAGAACAAAUGGAGGCACAGGCACCUAAGAAGGGGAGAGGAAGGAAACAAUAAUUUGAGGAUUGGCAUUUUGCGAUACUUAUUGCUGAAGAUAUUUUUGAAGCCUGCAAGGAUUUCUUUCCCAAUUUGUUUUUGUAUUAUUAGUGGAACAGAUCUCUUUGCUUCUUGAAGAUAGUCCUUUUCCUGGUUGGUUUCUCUAUAUAAUUUGCAACCUCUGGUCUCGUAGCUUCUUUCCAUCUGCUGAGUUAAACUUGAGAACGAUUAACUCGACUCAGAGGCGGAUCCAAUAUUUGAGGUUUAUGGGUUCAAAUUCAAAAUUCUAUCACAUCGCGUCUAAUUUUCUAGGUUCAAACUCUAUUUUUGUAUUUAUUUAGCUGGAUUUUAAAUAUAUAUGUAGAGCCUAAGUCGAAGUUAUUGGGUUCAGAUGAACCCGUAACGUCUUCAUUGGCUCCGUCCCUGACUCGA